AUGGCAGCUUGUGGGAGCCUUCAGCAUAUAUUUGAGAAUAAGCUGUUACCAGAAAAUCCAACACUGAUUGAAUCCCUUUCAUGGAACCAAAUCAAACCAGUAGUAGUGAAUCCCUUAGAGCAUCAACAGCACUCUUUCACUGAGAUAUUUGGUGAACUCCAUUUCAAGGAGACUACUCUAAUAUCAUCGUCAUCAAAUUACACAAAGCUAAACCAGAAUAACAGUGAAGAUUUUGGUGAAUCAAGGAACAACAAAAGCAGGAGGCACAAGAGCAGUGACAGCUUUUCAUCUUGGAGUUCUGAAAGCCAUGCAGCAGCACAAGUUUCAGAAGAAUAUAAUGAUUGCUAUGGUGGUGGCGGUGGGGAACAUUGGAGGAGGUCAUCAAGGAUGAGUAGUGGUGGAGGGAACUCUUACCCUCCUCCAAUUUCAAGCAUAGGGAGGAGUGGGAAGCCUGGGGUUUUGUUCAGAUCAUUCAGGAGUAAUGGCAGGUUUGUCUUGGAAGAGAUACGGGUACCAUCACAGGAGUUCUUACAUGCUUCUAGAGAGGAUGGAAGAUUGAAGCUCCAUUUUAUUCAUCCUGAUGAUGAUGAUGAUGAUGAGUUUCUAGAAGAAGAAGAAGAAGAAGAUGAUGUUGAUGAAGAACAAGAAGAAGAAGAGGAGUAGUGAGCAGAAACAAGGGAAAUUAAAAGAAAAUGAUGGUUGUGUAAGUGUGAAUAAUGAUCAUCAUAAUGCAUGUAAAUGAAGAAGAACAUAUAUGAAUGCAUAUGCUUGUUAAUUAUAUAAUAGUAGCUAGUAUCUUUAGUUUCUUAUUCAUGGGAAAUGGGAAAAAGAAUUAUCCUUUUUAUGCAAGUUUUGGUACCCUGCAAUAUGAGAUCAUGUAUAAUUUUCUGGUUUAUUUUGUAGUAAAAAGUUAAUUAAAGAA